AAUAUGAACACGCUUUUCCCUCACUCUCUGCAUAGCCUCCCCCUCCCUCUCAGGCAGUGGUUUAGCCCGCUGCGUUCACAGCUCUGUUGUUGUGCAGAGAGCUGCAGAAGGGCCUGCCGAGCCAACCACUGCGCUGACAGACAGACAAGAAAGAGAGAGCGAGAGAGAGAGAGAGAAGGAGGAGGAAGAGAUAGCAGCAGGCAUAUAGUGUGGACAGUGUAAAGGAGCUCUGCUCUUCAUUCGAUUACUGGAGGACGACAGUGUCUCCAGAAGAAAAGAAAAUAUCCCCUAAGCCAGAAAAACGUGAAAGGAGAGGCAGAGGAAAGAAAGGAAGGAAGCAAAGAACACGAAAAGGAGGGAGGGAGAGGGUGAGGAGGGGCUCCUCGCGGCAUCCGAGUCUGCACAAACGCAGCAAGAUUUCGUCUCCCCUCCAUUCUGUUAUUCGAGCUUUGCUUCAUCGUUUGCCCUCCAUCCUUUCUUUUUCCACGGUGGAAGAGAGGAGCGGAGGAGGACGAGGCAGCCCUCCUCCCUUGUCUCAGUGGAGCAGCAUAGACAGGAGAUGAGAAGAGUGAGACCCUGAGCAAAGGAGAGGCAGAUACACAGAGAGUGUUUUAUUCGUUCCUGGUUGCCUCUGUCGUUCCUUUGGGAGCGAGCGGCUUGAAGCCUCUGCUCAUGUCCGUCAACUCAGAAAAAUCCUCGUCCCCAGAAAGGCCUGAGACGCAGCAGAAAGUCCCGUCCGCUCCCCCUCCUCCUCCCCCUCCUCCUCCACCACCCCAACCCGAGCCAGUCGCACCCCCAGAGCCAGAGGAAGAGAUUUUGGGCUCUGACGAUGAGGAGCAGGAGGACCCGGCAGACUACUGCAAAGGAGGGUACCAUCCGGUGAAGAUAGGGGAUCUGUUCAAUGGGAGGUACCAUGUGAUCCGAAAGCUGGGCUGGGGUCACUUCUCUACUGUCUGGCUAUGUUGGGAUAUCCAAGGAAAGCGAUUUGUGGCGAUGAAGGUGGUGAAAAGUGCACAGCACUACACAGAGACGGCACUAGACGAGAUCAAACUACUCCGAUGUGUACGUGAGAGUGACCCCACUGACCCCAAUAAAGACAUGGUGGUUCAGCUCAUCGAUGACUUCAAGAUCUCGGGGAUAAACGGGAUCCAUGUAUGUAUGGUGUUUGAAGUCCUCGGCCACCAUCUACUGAAAUGGAUCAUCAAGUCCAACUAUCAGGGCCUGCCUUUACCGUGCGUCAAGAGCAUCAUUAGACAGGUCUUGCAGGGUUUGGAUUACCUCCACUCUAAGUGCAAGAUCAUUCACACAGACAUCAAGCCGGAGAACAUUCUGAUGUGUGUGGAUGACGCCUUUGUCAGGCGCAUGGCGGUUGAAGCCACUGAGUGGCAGAAAGCAGGAGCUCCUCCUCCCUCUGGAUCUGCAGUGAGCACAGCACCGCAACUCAAACAGGUGGGUAAGAUCUCCAAGAACAAGAAGAAGAAGCUGAAGAAGAAGCAAAAGCGGCAGGCGGAGCUGCUGCAGAGGCGCAUGCUGGAGAUCGAGGCAUUAGAGAGGGAGGCUGAGAGACAGAAAUCCAACGAAGGGUUAAACCCGCCACCAGGACCUGCACUAGCGCUCGGCGAGAGCGAUGAUGAGGACGACGACGACGACGACGACAUAGAGGAAGAAGAGGAAGGAGAGGGAGAGAGGGAACGGCCUGUUCGAUUAACCAACCACACAUGUGCAGCUCCUCCAGAGCCACAACAGCGGGAGGAUUGUGAAGUACCUCCCAACAUAAGCGUUCCUGAUGAUGAAGAUCCCUCAGCGGUGACAGAGACCAACACACCAACACAUGAACAGAGCAACAACCCUGUAAAUGAGGAGGAGGAGGAGGAACAAGGAGAAACUGAAGAUGAUGAGGAAGAGCAGGAGAAAGCAACAGAGCAGCAGGAAGCUGAAGCAGGUCAGGAAGACACAAAGGGAGCAGUAGACAGGCUUGAAGCUGUAUCUUCCAAUGAGAAGCCGGAACCAAAGACAGAUGAGUGCGCAAAGGAGGAGCAGCCUGAGCUGCCAAAAAAAGAAGAAGAAAGAAGAGACGAGGAAGGCGAUGAAGAUGACGAAGACGAAGGUGAUGACGAAGAGGACGAUGAUGACGAUGAAGCAGAGGAUGAAGCCCAGGAGCUUAGGAACUCCACAGAGAGCCCCAACGACACCUCAAAAACCAACGGUCAUGCAGUAGUGGACGCAAACCAUCCAUUAGAUGUUGUCCCCGUGGUGCCAUCACCCUCACCUAUGCUGUGCCCGCUGGUGGAGUCAGAGCUCAGCGCCACUGACCGGGACGCCUCUGAGGCCUCUUACGAGCUGUUCAACGGAGAGACGGCACUCCGUAAUGGCGCUCGACACCGAGCCACGGCACCGCGCUUCCCUGAGCUCCCACUGGACCCUGAGCGUGAGCCUGAGGACGGAGAGACAAACCCGAACCCCAACGCCGAGCGUAGCCGCACAGUCUCAUCCUCCAGCACAGGAGACACUCCUAAAGCUAAAGCACGAGCAGCUGACCUGCUGGUGAAUCCUCUCGACCCUCGCAACGCUGACAUACUCAGAGUGAAAAUAGCAGACCUUGGCAAUGCCUGCUGGGUGCACAAGCACUUUACCGAAGACAUUCAGACGCGGCAGUACCGCUCUAUUGAGGUUCUAAUUGGUGCUGGUUACAGCACUCCUGCAGACAUCUGGAGCACUGCCUGUAUGGCGUUUGAGCUGGCAACGGGAGACUAUCUGUUUGAGCCACAUUCAGGAGAGGACUACUCGCGUGAUGAAGAUCACAUAGCCCACAUCAUAGAGCUCUUGGGCUGUAUUCCACGCCACUUUGCUCUGUCUGGAAAAUAUUCUCGGGAGUUCUUCAACCGGAGAGACCACAUCGCUCUCAUUAUGGAGCUGCUGGGGAAAGUCCCACGUAAAGUCAUCGCUGCAGGAAAAUACAGCAUUGAGUUCUUCUCAAAGAAAGGUGAGUUGCGGCACAUCACUAAACUUAAGCCGUGGUCUCUGUUUGACGUCCUGGUGGAGAAGUACGGCUGGUCAGCCGAGGACGCCGGCCACUUCACAAACUUCCUGUUGCCCAUGCUGGAGAUGGUUCCAGAAAAACGCGCCUCCGCAAGAGACUGCCUCAAUCAUCUGUGGCUGAACUCGUAGCACCUUCCCACAGCUAGCUCAUUCCCCGUAGUGGCAGGCUUUAGGACUGCACCCCGCUCUCAGUCUGGGGGGAGAAAGAGGUCAGAGAGACAGUGAAUAUGAGAAAGUGAGAGAGAGAGACAGUGAAUGAGAGAGAGAGAGAGAGAAUGGGGGAAGGAAGCUGUGUGUGUGUAGACUAAUGUAAGACUGGACCAUGUUGUAGUCAGCUACUAUAGUUGGAAAUCUGGAUUCAUUAUACACUCUGUUGCACCUUCACUCACUCACUCACACACACACACACACACACACACACACACACACACACUGCUGCUCAUUAACUCAAAUUCCAUUUUCAGAUGGAUGAACAGAGUGAUGUUUUGUAUCCUGUAAAAAUUACCUGAGAUGAAAUAUGCAAUGGAAGAACAAUGGAGUGUAACUACCAUCAAAACAAGCAUUAAGAGACAGCGGUUAGCGUUACCGCCUCACAGCUCCAGGGUCCCCGGUUCAAUCCUGAGCUCUGGUUACUGUCUGGGAGAAGAUCCACUUUCUCCUUGCGUCUGCAUGGGUUUCCUCUGGGUUCUCCGGUUUCCUCCCACAUACUGUACCAGUAGGUGGAUUGUCUAUGAUAAACUGCCCCCAGACAUGAAUAAAUGUAUGGAUCAGAGUUUCCGUUAGCCGGUAAAUACAGGUGUUUGACCUUUAAAAAUUCCCAAUGUCCAACAAAAUCACAAAUUGUUGCACAGCAUGUCUGGUAAAACAUUAACACGAAGUAGACAUACGUUAGAUAAAGUAUGUUCGCAAUUGCACACCUAAAUAAGGUCUCUGUGUCUGCGCAAAUAUUUUUCACUUUUCACGUUUCUCCUGUAAUGUGUUUGUAUGUGUGCGUGUGUGUGGUACAUAACUAAAACAUUACAAGACAAGCCAGCAUGCAACAGCGCAACACAGGAGGAGCAUGACGUAGUCUCUGAGCCAUCUGAUAGCGUCGCUUCACCUACAGAGAAGCAGAAAUCUCAUCCAUUUAGACAAAGAGAAAGAGAUGACUGGAUAUUUUUCCCAGUUUGUCCGGUACAAUUUAUCAUUCCCGUUGGGAAGACACGUUGGCCAGCACCAGAAUUUCUUCUUCUGGGGGGGGGGGGGGGGGGAGAAGCCAAAAUGUCCUUGAAGCACUUUCAAAAUAACUGCGUUCGCUUGUCUCAAUACUCCAGUGUUCAAACUCCAGUUGGCUCCAAAUACAUUAAAGAACCUCAGACAUCGUCGUCACUGUGAGCCGGUGGAACUGAUUACGGUGUAUGUUUGAAAAUCAUGAGUGUGUAUUGCUAUGUCAGUGUUACUGCUAUUACCUUUUCUGAUGGAAGUAGGCCACCGUCUCUCACGUCUCUCUCUCUCUCAGCCUCUAUUCCCCCUUACAGAGACAGAACCCCUUGAGCCAAGGGCCUGCCACAGAACUGUUUACAGCCCUCCCUCAACCCCAAAAUCUACCAACACCUCCCAUCAGAGCUGCAUGCCACUGUUCAGGCCCCUGCAGACACACAGGAGACUCCUAACACAGAGAGACACACUGUUGCCUCUGGAUGGAAUAGAGCGUGUGAAACGAACAGAAGUCCGAGAGACUUCUGCAGACUGCCUCCUUUCGUUUCUCUGUGGUGUUUCUCUGAGCUAGCGAAAGCAUGGAGAACCUGAGGGGGAGAAUAUGAGUGCGCAUUUCACUCCUGUUGAGGUUCUUCUACUUCAUUCGUUUGUUUCAUUCUGCUGUUUUUGGAAAAACUGGUCAAAGAAUCGAUGUUGAGGAUUCUUGUUGGAACCAUGUACUGUCAAUACGUCCUCUUUAAGAAUUCCACAACUCUUUCGAACACAUGUAUGCUUCCUACCAUUAUAAAGCGUAAAAAAAAAAAAAAAAAAAGUCUUUUUUUCCCCGCAGCACCUUCACGUGACCGCCCCAAAUCAGUCCAGUUCUGUCCGAGGUGUAAAAAAACAAAACACCACCACAAGACUGAGGUUGCACUCGCGUUGCGUUUGUUCAGGGAUUAUGAUCAGUGUACAGAGCGCUCUACAAACCGACAUCUAGUCCACUGCGAAACAGAAAUACAGUUUAAAUAAAGGGAGGAGCCUCGUUGAACGGAGGUCCUUGCUGGAGUGUGUGUGAGAAGAGGACAAACAACCCCACACACAUACUACAGCCUGCUCUCAGUGCCAACGGCCCUCUUCUGCCCUCCAGCUCCAUCACUCAUCACCUAUUUUCGCAAUAAAAAAAGUAUAAGUAGAUGGUGAAGUAUUUUUAAAAACAAUAUUUAAAAAAAAUUAAUAAAAAAAAUGACUUCUGAUGUGACGGUGACCGAAUAUCGUCUUAUUAUCGAGGUGAUUGUGUUUUGUCCGUUUAGAAAUGUUUUUAAAAAAAAUUAAAUUUUUUGUAAUUAUGAUAUAAUUAUGAUUACUAUUAUUGCCAUUCGUUUUUUGCUUUUUUUUAAAUUCUGUCAUUCUCCCCCUUCGUUAGUGAACAGUGCUGCUCUGUAUGGACUAGUGCGAUGCUGAUCAAAUUUGAUCAAACAUUUUUGCAAUAAUAGUGAAUUUUUGCACCGAAAGCUCCUGAUUUCUCACUUCAGCCAUGCUGACUGUUCUUCCCCAACAUUCACGGUUACAUCUCUUGUCUGUUUUUCAUUGACAGAUUUAAUAAAAUUAUAAAUGAAUGGCUCAUUUUUUCCUGUCAGCUUUUCACCACGUACAGUUCUCAUCAGGACUCGCUGGUAGCGUUCAUCACUUUAAACCUGCUGCACGUGUAUUAAAUGGAGCUUCUUUUUUUUUUCCAAUAAAAAAAAUAAAAAUCGCAGCAACAGCAGAUAUCGCAGGUGUAAACUAGCCACAGAUCUUACCUCACUGCAGAAGAGUCCAGGACGGGAGGCUCAAACGUCACCCCCUGAGAAUUAUGAAGCCGGACAAUACAGCAUUUUACUUUUCAGGCUUGUCUGGAAGCACAAUGCGUCUCCAUGACCCGGAACAUCACUUACACGGAUAAGGAUACGUUGACAUCUCUCCACUGAAUAACAAGGCCAGCUGACCUCUGCUAUAAAACACCAUAUGGCACCACUAGUCACAUCUACACCCUGUAAACCUUGUGUCUUAAACCUUCUGCUCAGAAAGCUGGUUAGUUAAAGAAUUUAUUCAAGGAAAAUUUACAGGAUUAAAAAUUAUUACUUCUUAAAUCAAGGUGUAAUGUGUAUGAGGUAUAUCACUGUAUUCUUUCUGGACAAUUAUAUUCCUUUAUUUCAGUCCAGGUUGCUGAUGUUUACAUUACAGAGAACCAUGGACGUCUGAAUCCAACUCUUACAUCCUCUUUCUACAAAUUAAUCUAGUGGAUACUUCCAUUCAUCUUAAUUUUAAUCACCAUUGGUCAUACACAACAGACUAGCAGGACCACAGGGAAAAAACAACAAACAAACCACAAAAAUGAAGUGAAUUACUUGGGGAAAGUCCCCUUUCAGAGAUGUGGGGUGGUGCAGCAUCAGUUUUCAGUUGAGACCUCAAACCACAAAUACCAAUAUCAACCAUCACACACACUCAAGGUCCUUGUUUUCCAAAGUUUUAUUAUGAGAUAUAUUACAAACACCUAGACCCCUCGAGGAGUCUUGAAGUUCAUGCCGACUGUUGGCUGGG